GUUCAACUACCACCAUCCCCGACGUCGUAAAUUUUAAACCUGUCAGCUAGGUGUGUUAUGUCCUUCCUUCAAGUCUCCAGACGUUUUUCAACAAAAUAUACCGAAAAAUCGAAUUCAAUGCUGGGCACAAUGCCACCACACCUUUGCUAUAUUUUCUUGCAGUCGCCUCAGCCGAUAUCGCGUUUCCCAUCGCGGCUUAUGGUCCCUAUUCAACGUGCUCUUCAGCUCAAAGUGACGAAAUGGGGUGCAUUAGUCAAUUGGGCAUAUUACGGCAGUCCUGUGAGCAAAAACUUUGACGAAGUAUCAGCCAAGGCUUUUUUUGCCAACGGAAGGACGCUGGAUAUCUCGCGUUUGACCAUGUCAAACUUGGAUAUGGUGGAGGAGCAGAUGAGAGACUGUCUGUCCGGAAAUGGUGCAAGUUCAUUCGAUGGCGCGGUUCAUCUAUACGUCUGCACCCAUGGGGCGAGGGAUUGUCGAUGUGGGUCCGUAGGAAAGGAUGUCGCGGAGGCCAUUCGGCGAGAAAUUUCUGCUCGCACUGAAGCUGCUCCGAGAGGCCUUGCGAGUCGUUUCAUGAUUGCGGAGGUCGGGCACGUAGGAGGUCAUCAAUACGCGGCCAAUCUUCUCGUGUAUCCUCAUGGAGAAUGGUUAGGCUCAUUGACACCAGAACAUAUACCGACAACUGUGGACAAGAUCAUCGAACUGGCCUCCACGCCUUUCUCAAAAGACAAUCUUCCACUCCUUCCUUCGAACUGGAGAGGCCGCAUGGGGCUUUCCAAUGGGGCACAAAAAGAACUCGUUGACUAUUCAAAAAUAACUCGAAGUUAAACUACCCAAAAAGAAUCCGUUGACUACAACGCUUUACUCAAAUUUUCGUGACGAACGACCCAACCGUCUUUCGGAAAUCCUGGUGCAUCCCCUUCACUUCCAUCCCAUCCACCUGCCAUCAUCGC